AUGACCUUGCGUCUCACCUCCGCUCCGGUAUCAGGUGUCAAGAAACGCAAAGCCUCUGCUCCCAAACCCCGCCCCUCGCCUUUUGCUGCCCAUGUGCGCCGCAAACCUACAUCUGGCGGCCUAAAACCUACUGCCGAUCUAGGUUUUGAUGAUCCGCUUCCAGAUAUAGGCGGAUCUCAUUUUAUAUCAGACACUGCUCCAGUUCAGAAUGUCCUGCAGGCUAUCCAAUAUAUCCGUGAUGGCAUGUUCGAAGAACUUCCCACACGGGCGGGGAUGAACAGCACGCGCAUCGCAGAAGUCCUCAACCUACGCCGAUCUUUGCCUCCACUUGCUUCCGUGGCCCAUGUCCAUACUCUUUUGGAGGCACCGACACAAGUGGAAAGGGAGAUUGUUGAACAGAUUCAAACGGGUCGGAUUCGGCGACUCAUUAUACCGGGUCGAGGAAAUGAUGCGGCCGGGCUGGGUGAUUGCCUGGUGCUAGCAGAGGAUUGGGACAAGCUAGUGCAGGAAAGCCCUGCAUUGGAACAACCACUCAAGGAGAAAUUCCUUGACAUCCUGAAACGUAUUGGGACCUCCUCGGCGAUAUCGCAGGGGGUCUUCACGACGGAUGAGUACAGAGCCUUGCUCCGCGCUGGCUUUAUUGUCUCCUCGUCAUCUUACACACAGGGCACAUUAAGUAUUGCAUCACUUCCUAAUCUACCUCAAAUGGCGACUUCGUCAGCAAGUCGAAGCGAGUCUAUCUCGCACUCCGAGCGCCCCGUGCAGUCAGCCGCCCAGGCUCGUGCGGCAACUCUUUUCUUGUCUCUUCCUAACACUGGAACAUAUCUCCGAUUGCUAGGAUCAGGCCGUGCACAUCUCCUCGCUCUUCUCCGGCGGUCCGCUUCCGGCGAAGCCCCUCUGGGCCUGUUGAAGGAUCGAUGGGAUGGAGCUAUUGAGACAGACAAGAGUUUCCAUUUAGCCAAGCGAGCCCGUGGCGAGUUUGCAGGCAUCCUGCCGGGUAAAACUAGGAAAUGGAAAGAGCUAUAUGGGAUGCACUUUCGAUGGGCGCUAGAAGAAGCACUAGGCGCGGGACUAGUGGAGAUGUUUGAGACUGGCAGCGUUGGACCUGGGAUCCGCUCGUUCUCCUUCCAUGUCUCCAUCAUGCCGUUGAUCCAACUCGAGCCACAUCUAUUCACCAGCCUCCCCCGUCACCCAGAUCUUCAAGGGGAUGCCAACACCCCAGAACUGCGGGAGUUUAUCCAGGCCGUCCUUCUUGAAGCCCAACCUCUUCUCAACCAGUUCCCCUCAACAUUAAAACCAGACUACAAGCUUCGCUCUUCUCCACCUUCAAAGGCAAAGGUAAAGCUUUUACAGGGAUGGCGAACACUCCAAUCCCCCCAGGAGGGCUCAAUUCCCAAAAAGGAAUUCUGGGUAUGUCGCGAAAGUGACCACCAAGACUCUGAUAGUCUGCCUGGGACAGUUUCCCUAUGGGAAUUCCACGACGGGUUGCGCUACAACCAUGCCGAGCACGAGAUGGAGUACACACCCAGUGUGACGAGCGUAAAACAACUGCUGAAAUGGAACGAGCCGAGACAAUGGGAUCUCAACCAGCCAAUUACUAUCGGAAACAUGAACUACAAGCAUUUCGAAGUCGAACUCAAUCUUAUUGUACACACCUUCCAUCCAGAGGCACUAAUCCGGCCCCGGGCUUUCAUAUCCUGGACUAUGUCGGCGACCUUCGCCAGCUCAUACCCAGUAUCCCAAUCCAACCCAGGCCACGGCUUUAUGACGGUACAGAUUCCUUUCUAUUUGACUAAACCAAUCAUUCCGGGAUCCCAGUACGAGGGACUCUACGCGCAGAUCAUGGACGCUGUCCCGCAGCGCGCAGUCUUCGCGUACUAUGCCAGUCUCGAGCGGGUUGAGCGUGUGCUGGCUCCUGCCCCGCCAGCUUCGGAUCCGCCGGCUUCCGCGGAUUCGAAUACCCCUGCUACGAAUCCUGAGCGUUAUCUUCGAUGGACUAUGUUGACGACUUCUGAGGCUGGGGGGAAGAUUCCUCAGUGGGUUCAGCGGAGCUGGGCGCUGGGUGGAGUGCCGCGGGCCGUUGUUUCUGAUGUGGGAUUGUUUAUCGGGUGGACUAUCAAGCGGAGGGAGAGGAGGUUGGAGCAGGAUUCUCAACUGGAAGAGGGCUAA